UCGCAGCGCCGCGGUUCCGACAUCGAUCGUCCUCCGGAGAAAAACCGAGGGCCGUAUUAUUCGGUCUAUAACAACUUCCCACGGCGUUGCAAAACACUACGGAACAACCGUCCGCCAGUCGACACCUCGAGGUAUCCAAGUGCCGUGAAGUUUUCGAAUAAUAAAACUAGGCGACAAAGACCACCGCCCAAAAAAAGAUAUCGGGUUCAGUCAGUCAGUGAUCAGUGUCCUCCCGGUCCGAAGCCGUGAUAUUCGAGUCAUCGGCUUCGCUGCGACGCGACGCUUCGAAUCCAGAUCAGUGCCUCGUUCUCUGCAACGUUUUUGAUUAGUUACAACAGAAGUAUCCACGGGCAGGCAAGUCUGCGGUUCGGAUUGAAAGUUCAACACGAGCCAUGGCAAGGUUCGAUAACGCUUCCUGGAGAUUUUGCCGCAAUAGCACAUGAGUGUUCGGUGCCUCUGACAGAGUAGCUUCGGAGCUUGAGUCGUGAAGAACGAUUUAGACACGCGGUCGAAACGCGACGAGUAUCACCGGACCCUGUUUCGGGCCCUUCCGCAGCCAUGGAGAUCGAAAAGACCCUCGAGAAUCUUCACUACGUUCCGAUAUUCUUGUUCAUCCUCAUACCGACGACCUUCAUCGCCACAUACAUCAUUGCCGUUACGUUGGGACACGUGGAGGCGGGAUUCCCUUAUAUUUCAGACACGGCGACUUACCCGCCGGAAAGUUGCAUCUUUGCUCAAAUAAUAAAUAUGGCAGCUGCGACAAUGUGCGUCGUUAUCUACAUACGGUAUUCUCACACCAAGGAACUCUCGAGCUCCUACCAGUUCAACGCUUCGCUGCCAAAGUGGAACAGGGCUGCUCUGAUCCUCGGCCUCCUGACGUGCCUGGGAUUGUCCAUGGUCGCAAACUUCCAGGAGACCAAUGUCAUUGUCGUUCAUCUGAUCGGAGCGCUAGUCUGCUUCGGAUGUGGAACGGCCUACUUUUGGACCCAGGUAAGCCUCGACUUGAUCAAGGUAGUCUGCUCCUACUAUCUACAUCCAUUGGGCUGCUCGAUAAAGAUUGCGCAUCUUCGUUUGUCCCUGGUAGUCUCAUGUACAAUCUUGUUCAUCAUCGGCACCGUUACUGCGGUGUUGGCCCGUCUGAACUAUCACGGUAACAAUCCCAGGAAGUGGUACAAGGCAGAUGGCGGUUGGGAACUGCACAUGGCAAGCACGGUUGCCGAAUGGCUGUGUGCCGGAUGCUUCUGCGUCUACAUCCUUACCUUCACCGACGAGUUUCGAGGCGUUCAGCUGAAACGACCGAAGAUACUGUUUAAACCGUGUCGCCUGAGGACCAGCAACGAGGUAUUGAACGAGAGCCAGGACGAGGUGCCACAGCCGAAACCGCCAACGACGAUCAUUUGAUCGGGCAGAAGAUGGGGCGGCGGUCAGUUGGCGAACGGU